AGACUACGUAGCUUCUCACACAUUAUCCCAGGCAGGCGUUUGUUCAUCAGACGUGACACGAGCCUGCUCGACUAUCUUUAGCUCCGCUUAUUCUUUUUAGAAAGUACACAGAGCGUGUACAAGCUGUAGGUGGCCGUUGUCUGUCACUUCCCUGAGCUCCUGGUCAUAGUACACACCUUCCCUGCGCGAGCAGCACCUUCCCCGCAGUUAUGGCCCAAAACAAUAUGAAUAGCUUGACCACGUUAAUAAAGCGGCUUGAAGCUGCGACCUCCAGACUUGAAGACAUAGCUUCGUCGUCGUUUGCGACCGAGGACGGCGCCAGCAACACAGGAGCACCCGCCGCCGUGGCCGCUGGUGGAGCUUCUGCAGCCCCUGCGGUCGCCGCUGCUACACCGAAAGCUGUCGAGAGCUUGCCCCUGUCCAUCGCCGCCUUCGACGAGCUCGUCAACACCGAAUUGAAGACAUGGCUGGACCUGAGCAGCAAGCUGGGUAACGUCAUCGAGACACAGUCCAAGGCAGUAGAGGGCGCAUUCGCAGCGCAGCGCACGUUCUUGUCUAUUGCCAACAAAGCGAAGAAGCCAGAUGACCAGACCAUCAUGGGGUUCUUGAAGGAUCUGCAGGCGUCCAUGGAGAAGACAGAUGAGGUCCGCCAGAGCAACCGCGAGCCUGCGCUUAAGGACCCGCUGUCCAUGGUUGCUGAUGGUGUGGGAUCGCUGGGUUGGGUCACUAUAGGAGGCGGCGCUGGCCCCAAGCCUCACGAGUACAUCACCGAGCUGUUCGGCGGCGCGCAGAUGUACGGCAACAAGGUGCUCAAGGAGUACCGUGAGAAGCCAGAUAAGACGAACGUCGAGUGGGUGCAGGCCUACUACAAGCUGUUCAAGGCUCUCUCCGAAUAUGCGAAGAAGCAUCAUCCCAGCGGUGUUGCUUGGAACAGCAACGGUAUCGAUGCGAAAGAAGCGGCCAAGCAGGUCUCCAGCACUCCAUCAGGACCAGCUGCUGGCGCAAUCCCACCACCUCCGCCCCCGCCACCAGCGGGCGGUAUUCCUCCCCCACCCGGUCCUCCCCCACCACCAGGCCCACCACCACCGCCUGGUGCGGCUCCUCCAGCCAAGAAGGCGGCGCCAGAUAUGAACGCUGUCUUCGACGAUCUGAAUAGGGGCGCAGAUGUCACAAAGGGCCUGAAGAAGGUUGACCCAAGCCAAAUGACACACAAGAACCCGUCGUUGCGAGCACAGGCGCCAGUACCAACACGAAGUGACAGCAAUGGCUCGCUGCGCGGCAAGAGCCCAGCUCCUCCGCGGAAGCCGGACACCAUGCGCACCAAGAAGCCACCGAAGAAGGAGCUGGAUGGCAAUAAGUGGAUCAUCGACAACUUCGACAACCCCGGAGAAAUCGUCGAGGUCGACGCCGAAUUCAAUCACUCCAUCCUCAUCUCCCGCUGCAAGAACACUACCAUCCGCGUCAACGGCAAGGCUAACGCCAUCUCCGUUGACAACUCAUCGCGCACCUCGAUCAUCAUCGACUCGCUCAUCUCCUCCGUCGAUGUCAUCAAGUGCCCCAACUUCGCUCUCCAAGUCAUCGGCACCCUACCCACCGUUCUCCUCGACCAGGUCGACAGCGCGACGAUCUACCUCGGCAAGGACAGUCAGAACACGGAGAUAUUCACGAGCAAGUGCUCGAGCAUCAAUAUCAACCUGCCCAGUGAGGAUGACUACGCUGAGAACCCGCUGCCGGAGCAGAUCAGGAGCUGGAUUGAAAAUGGGAAGGUGGUUAGUGAGAUCGUUGAGCAUGCUGGUUAGGUACAGGUAGAGCAAGAGCGGUGAACAUUGGUAGGCUGCACAACGGUAUUGGAUCGGAGUCUGGAAUACGAUAUAUGAGAGUAGGAUAGUGAAGCUUGGUGGUGUUGGUUCUAGACUUGUGUAGAGUAUCCUACCAACCACUAAUCCACCUCUGGGGACAGCCUUGCAUUGUUACCACGUCGUGGGUUUCUGAAUGUGCAUAGUCCAAACUCUUGAAUGAGUGGUCUUGCAAGAUGCUAG